AUGGAGCUUGAGAUUGCAUUCCAUAAGUUUGGAAUUAUCAAAAGAGUAUGGGUUGUAAGAAGGCCACAAGGUUAUGCUUUUAUUGAUUUUGAUCACAUUAGAGAUGCAAAGAAUGCUAUUUGUGAGUUAGAUGACAAGAAUGACCAGAGAGUUGAGUUCUCACAUGACUCUAGACAUGUUGUGGGGAAAUUCUGCACUAAUGGUAAUACCUAUGCGUCUACAAAACCUCGAGCAGGUGGUAAGAUUGUGUCAUAUGUCACUAAUGCUAAUGGUGAGGCUUUUCCUGUGCUAGGGAGAGGGAUCUUCUCACCAGGGAGAUACUCGGUCGGAGGGGGGUUGAGGAGCAGAUUGUUUCACUUGGAUCAGACAUAUGCAGGAGCUAAGUCAGGAGCAUAG